AUGUCAUCGUGGAGGUUGAAGAAUGAGAACAGGGGGUGGGCAGAAAUUCACAUAGCCAUCCAUCCUUUCUGCACCAAACGUUGGCGUUUCUACAGUGUGUUUUUUGCCUGGCUGACAUCCACCCACCCACUCACACACACACACCCUCGAAUCGACACCCGCACCGACCAGUGUAGCCCUCAGACCUUUUGCUGCCCUCCCCAUCCGGUUCGGUUAGGUGAGGGUUCAUCCUCGUUGCAGGCCCAUUCGUCCUGGUCCCGGUUCCCAGCAUCCCGAUCCUUGGAUCUGGUAUCGAACAAGACACCAUCUUCUCGGUCAAUCGGCCUUGUUACUCGUGAGCAGAUUCCAGCUGAUUUCGUACGGCGCAUCGGGGUCCCGUCACCGGCGACCCCCGCCUGGAGCAGCAUGGUUGGUUCAGUAACUCAUGCAUCCGAAACGAAAACCCUCUGCAACGUGCUGAUGAAUGGGAUGGAACAACUGGAAUCGUUGCUCUGUUCCUAG